CGCAUUCACCUUGACAGGUGAACCGGUGUGGAUCGCAUUCAAAUACAAUCGAAUCUAACCUCUAGCAGCAGCAGCUGUUGACACUACUCAUUAUGAGUGGUAGUAUGUAGUAAGAGCAUUUGCGAAAUCCGCGUGGAGACGCAUCUGCAAGUUAUAAAAUAUACAAACAAAGGCCGCCAUACGAAUUGCUAGCUAUACGUGUAUAUGCAUGUAGAUAGAGCCGGGCCGCCUGUGCACGCUUGGCUAUAUCUAUGUCUAUGUCCAUAAGGCUACCCAUAAAAGUCUUAAUUUAGAUUUCCUGAGUACCCGCGAAAUCGUUUAUGUUUUCAUUUGGAAAUUCGUCGUAAAAAUCUUCUCCGCUCCGGAGCCCUGAGAAUCCGCAGUGGUCCAUUCUUAUCAACACGGCGUGGAGUUAGAUGCGGCUUAAUUAAACAUUGUUCCAGGAAUUAAAUGUGCUUCGCUCUAGGGCGCAGGUAGCAUUUGAAUAUUAAGCACUUGAUGUGUUUGCCAAGUUCUUUAAAUACAAGACGAAGCCACUGGCACAGGAUUAUUAUUUCGAAAGUCGCGUGUUUGCCAGCCCGCCAACUUGGGAUCCACAGAUUCACUGGAAACCCAGUGACAGAUACUACUACUACGACCACCACCACCGACGACGACUUCGGCCGACUCACAUCGUCAGCUUUUCAGUUCAGUUCAGUUCUGUUUUCAGUUUUCCUCGAGCGCUCAACCGAGGCGGUUGUCCAUCGGUCCGCAGGAGCACAAUUGCCGCAUUUCGGGGCAUUUCAAUCAUUCGAAUUCGACACCGAGCAUCCAAAAGCGAUUGAUCAGCCGCCGGCUUACCUGAUCGAUGACAAUGUGAACUUGAAUAAUUCAUAGUGCAAACAGUUCGUCGCUCAGCUAAAAAUAAUAAAAAAAAAAAAAAUAUUUUUAAAUGAAUAUUCGAGUACAAAGAAAAACCAAAUUAAGAAUAUCAAAUAACGUGCAAUGAACAUGAACGAGCGUCUCCUUUUAACUGCGUUUGUAGUGCACUUAUAAAGUAUCCAAUUAAAUAGGACUCCCGCUCCGCAGACAACAAUAACAAAGAAAUACCUGGCCGGGGGCAAUAAAAAUAAUAACAGCUUUGUGUCAAUAAAACAAUGCGAAAUGUUUUGAUAUGAAAGCGGAGGACUGCGCAGGAAAGCGAUUGCAUUAAUUAACCCGACGUGCAACUGGACACAAUGACCACAGUUGGGCCGUGUUCCUGCUCCGUCAACUCCAGGGAUAUGGCACGAUAUGGAUGGGCCUAGGCGGCCUGCUGCCGGAGCUAGCCACACUCGAUUGUGAACCCAACUGGCCGAUCCAUGGCUGUCAACUUGCAGCUGAAUAAUUUAAGCGCCAUUUAUCCGUCGCUCAUGUAUGUGGCUGCCUCCUCCUCCUCCCUGCGGGGAUUGGGACUGGGAUCGGGAGUGGGAGUGGGUGGUCUGCCGGAAAACAUAUCCAUCGUAUAUGAGGAUGCGGGCAAUGGGACAGGUGGAGGAGGAGUAGGAGGAGUAGGAGGUGGAUAUCCCAGCGGACCGAACGGUACGGAUGCAGUGGCUCUCACCGAACCCGGACCCACGGCGCCCGUGACCACAUUUAAUUACUACAACGAGUCGGCGGCGGCCGCCGAAUGGGCGCACUUCUACGAUCUGGUGCUCUCCUGGCAGGGCAUCAUCCUGAUUGCAGUCUUUGCCACCUUCAUCGUGGUCACCGUCAUCGGGAACACCCUGGUCAUACUGGCCAUAUUGACCACUCGCCGGCUUCGCACCAUUACCAACUGCUUUGUGAUGAGCCUGGCGGUGGCCGACCUUCUCGUGGGCAUCUUCGUCAUGCCCCCCGCCGUCGCCGUCCAUCUCAUAGGCUCGUGGCAACUGGGCUGGGUGCUCUGCGACAUUUGGAUCUCCCUGGACGUGCUCCUCUGCACGGCAUCCAUUCUCAGCCUGUGCGCCAUCAGUGUGGACAGAUAUUUGGCCGUGACCAGACCGCUCACGUACUCCCGUAAACGGCGCUCCAAACGAUUGGCCCUCAUCAUGAUCCUAAUCGUCUGGCUGCUCGCGUUGGCCAUCACCUGUCCCCCCAUGCUGGGAUGGUACGAGCCAGGACGAAGGGAUCUGCGCGAGUGCCGAUACAACCAGAACGAGGGCUACGUCAUCUUCUCGGCCAUGGGCUCCUUCUUCAUACCCAUGGCAGUCAUGAUUUAUGUGUAUGCAAGAAUUUCCUGUGUCAUUGCAUCCAGGCACGACAAUAUGACCGACAUAAGUGUUCACAACAAGAAAUUCAAGCGCUACACGGCAGCGGACGUGGAGAAUGAGCUGUCGGAGCAGGAGCAGCACAGCUCGGUGGGCCAGCGCCAGAGACAGGCCACAUCGCGAACGUUCUCCAACCAGACGAUAGCCAAGGAGCUCCAAGACAUGAUGCUCAGCGACAGCGACAAUUGUGCGGCGAUGGGCGCUGGAGGAGCAGGUGGUGGGGGUGGAGGAGCAAGUAGUGCCACUGGCGGCACACACUGUCAAUCCCUGCUGGCCCUUCCCUCCGGCGGAGUAGGUGGCUCCAUGGGCUGCGCCAAGAAUGGGUGCUACGAACUCACACGACCCUCCUCGCUGAAGCGCGCUUCCACCGCCUCAACGACCAUUACCACAAUGACGAGUGGCAUGGGCCCAGGCAGUAGUCUCCUGGAUGCGCAAUGGCAGUCCCAGCCGCCGGGCCAAACGGGCCAGGUGCAGACCCACUCCCUAUCGCAGCCACCGCGAACACACAGCUUUAGGCAUUCGCAUGGGGAGCGGGACCGCGAGAGACUGCGAAGCCAUCACCACCAUCCUCAUUAUCAUCACCAGGCGGGCGUAACCACGACAUCGACUAGCGGGAACACCAGUGCCAACACCAACAGUAAAUCGCUGUCCAAUCGGAUUACGUCGCUGAAGAAGGAGAACAAGACCACUCAAACCCUGAGCAUUGUGGUGGGUGGCUUUAUCGCCUGCUGGCUGCCCUUCUUUAUCAACUAUCUGAUCACCCCGUUCCUGGCCGAACACCAGGCCAGCCAAAUGCUGGCCAAGGCCCUCACCUGGCUGGGUUGGUUCAAUAGCGCCAUUAAUCCCUUCAUCUACGCCUUCUACAGCGUCGACUUCCGGGCGGCCUUCUGGCGCCUCACCUGCAAACGCUUCUUCAGCGCCGGCCAGAAGCCACAGUUCCCCACGAACACCAUGUCCAUCAGGCGAUAGAGUUGGAUUGGACUGGACUCGCCUGGAAACAGAAACACAGAAAACCCCUCAAGCCCUGAACAAAUUUGCACGCGCAUAACAUAUUAUUAACAUAUUCAUUAACUUUAGACGCGUCGGCAGCGAAAAAGGUGUGGUCCCUAAUUGCACCCACAGUCCAUGUGUAAUUGUUCUCCAGUUUCUCGUAUAGUUUAUUUCAUCGUCAGGGUUUGCUUCCGAUUCUGGAUCAUUUUGCCACUUAGGAGACGAACCUCGCCCACCAGCAAUUCCACUGCUUUCAGUUGACCUUUUAGAAAUGCCAAGGCAUUAUAGGAUUUUCAAACAGUCUAUAGGGAAGCCUCUUAACUCCGAAACUCAAGCGAAACUCAGUAUACACGUAAUAUCUCUUAUUUGCAGACAUAAAAGGUUUUUAUUAUAUAUACUUCCAAAUUUUCCUAAGCUUUGGAGAUAAACAUUUCCAUUGGUGCUUAAAUUUAUGGAAAUAAUAUAGAUAAAAGGUUGAGCCACACAAUCUACGUAUCUCAUAAAUGCCAUGAAAAUCUUUUUAUGAUCCAAAUUUGUUUGCUAGCCAGAGAAAAUAGGAAUUCUAUUGAAGUUAAUAGUAUAGUAUAGUAUAGAUCAUUUGCUUUAAAACCUUUUAGUAGAAUAACAUAGUAAAGUUCGACUUAGUCAAGCUUGUCUGUACAAAGAUGGCAAUACGUGUAUGUGUGCGACUGCAGGCAAGGAUUUCAAGGUAUUUUUGCAUGCAGAACCCAUGGAAAAUCUGAUACGCAGCACGUAUCGAUUUAGUAAUUUCCGCGCGACUUUUCCGCUCAGCGGGCGGCGCAUCUAAAAUGGCAACAUUUUCCUUGGAUGUUGCUUUUUGCCGGGCCGUCAAGACAACUUGGACUUGGCCAGUGGCGCAGACAGCGUAGAUGGAUGGGAAAACUAUAUGUUAUGUUGUUUAUAUGGCUCACCGAAAUUGCGGCCAUUCCUCGAGUUUUUUUUUGUUCAGCCGCAUGCUUUUGGGUAGGUUACCAGUUUUGGUGGUGACCUCGAAACACUUCCGCAUUCCCUUUUGAUGAUUUACGAUGCAGCAAGAUAGUACUUAAGUUUAGUGCAGGCAUAUAUACAUAUAUAUAUAUAUAUCACUAAAUAUCACAGUAUAUCAUAUCAACUGAUAUCAGGACAUCAUAAAGAAUAUGGGCCCAGAGAUACGAGUUGAUUGAUUUACAUUUGAAGGUACUGAAAUCAGUGGAACAUCUGGGGGCUGGGAUCAAGUUGAGAAUUAGCUUUAAUCAUCUUUAUCGUAAUACCAGUUAAAAACAGUUACUGUGAUUUAGUUUAUAGUUGAAGUCGGCUAAAACUUCAAGAGUUUUCCUUUAAUCUUAACAACAUUAAGUGUGUGCGCUUUGCGUGUGUGAUUAAGUAAGUGAAAGUGAGUAUGUGAAUGAAUGGGUUGUAAUGUAUUAUAUAAUUUAAGGCAUAAUUUAUUCAGGCCAUCAACAGCUUAGCUAACCCCUAAGUAGGACUAAUCUUUGUGUUGUACCAAGCAAUCUAUUUUUCGAACUCCAUCCAUUGCCGGCGGCGGUGUGAAGUCAUAAACGCAAUCAAGCAAUGCUACGCCUACGACAUAGAGAUUAAGUCAGACGAAACUCUCAUCAGCAUGCCAUCCUUCUUCCUGAAUCCUUCUGAAUAUCUGAUUUCCGGAAUAUCAGCUCACAUCACGUCAAGCCUAACAAGUCAAAACAGAUGCUCCGCUCCAGGUGAGAUGGUUUCCGUCCCGUCCAAGGUGAGAAGCAAACUCGGCGGAUGGAGCUCGUCAUCAUCGCACGCCCACCAAUCAUAUUGCAUAUCGCAUAUACUCGUAUAUCUCAUAUCGUCUCAUUCCGGCUGAUAUCACAGACAUAAUCCGCAUAAUCUGCAUACAAAUAUAUAUGUAUAUUUAUUAAUAGUUGUGUGUGUACGAACAGCAAGUUUUUGGAAACGAACAAAUAAAUAGACAAUUC